CAUAAGUAACCUGUUGAUUGGAUAAACUUUAACCACUUUCUUCAUAAACGUCCACUAGUUUUAUCAUUAGUGACAUAAAUUCUAACACAUCAAAAUCCUUAUAUAUUGAAAAACAUUGGAUUUCAAAAUUCUCAUACACCAACAAAUCAAAUGAGUCUUCAAUUGAUCCAACACCUCAACUUCUGGCUAUCAGAGCACCCUUCCAUCGUCCACUUCCGGUGGAGCCCGACCGAGUCGUGGGGCGCAACGUGGUCGUUCCUCAUCGCCUCCAUCGCGGCCUACAUCGCCAUCUCGGCGACCCUCCACGUCCUCCUCCUCCUCCGCGGCCGCCUGAAGCCGGUCCCACUGGGCCCCGUCCCAGCCCUCCACAGCCUGGCCAUGUGCCUGGUAUCGGCGGCCAUCUUCACAGGGAUGCUGGCCUCCUCGGUCGCCGAAAUCCGGGACACGCGGUGGUUCUGGCAGCGCAACAAAACGCCCUUCCAGUGGCUCCUCUGCUUCCCUCUCGGGACCCGCCCCUCCGGCCGCGUCUUCUUCUGGUCCUAUGCCUUCUACCUCUCCCGCUUCCUCCACGCCCUCCGCGCCGUCCUCGCCCUCCUCCGCCGCCCCGGGCGCUUCCCCGCCUUCCAAGUAGUCAACCACGCGGCCCUCGUGCUUAUGUCCUUUCUCUGGCUCGAAUUCUCGCAGUCGUUCCAGGUCCUCGCGAUCCUCUCCAUGACUGUUGUAUUCGCCUUGGUCCACGCCUUCCGGUUCUGCACCGAGGCUGGGCUAACGAAGCAGCAGCAUCACGAGCGCUUCGCGUUCGUGAUGCUGUGCCGGGUUGCGCUGGUGGUGACGAACACGGCGUGGCAUCUCGGGGUGUUGGUGCUGCAUUUUUGGAAGGGCGGGUGCAACGGAAUGGGCGCCUGGCUCUUCAACACCGUGCUCAAUAGCUUCGUGCUCCUAUUAUUCCUCAAUUUUUAUGUUAGGAAGUGCUUGAGCGAGCGAGAUGUGGGUUAUUGUUAGUGUUCGGCGGUCGCACGGCCGAACACCACAUUAGUAUGAGACAAUAUCGUACUAAUGGAGUUGGGGUAGCCAAUAUAUAUGUUUGCAACUCCUGUUCACUUUUCAAUGUGGGAUAUGGUUUGCUCUCACACAAUCCUUGCUCAAACUAAGACCAAGAUCACACACAGGUCACAGGUCACCACAGGUCUUGGUUGAACUCACACUGAGACAUCGGAGAAUUUGCAAGCGCAAUCCACCAAUCCUCGAGCCACACAGGCCCCGCCCUUAAACCAGGGCUCUGAUAGCACUUUAGGAAUCAGAUUAUCCGAAAUUCACUAAUUACCAAGAUCUCUUUUAAUUACACCGCAAUAGAGAGAUGGUGAAUGUCUCAUGUUAAACAACAUCUGCUUAAGAUGUUCAUAUAAGAUCUUGUUUACCAUGGAGAACUAGUAUGACAUUAAGAAUAUAGAAACUUUUUGAAACGUACUCCCGUCCCGUAAAAAAUGUCACAGUUUUUUUUUAUAGUUUACCCUAUAAAAUUGACAUAUUUCUAUUUUUGGAAUAAA